AUGUCACCAACAUUAGGAUCGGUUCGACGGCAGCGGCACCGACAGCAGCCGCUGCACAAGGUCUACAUAAACCACCGGACCAGCGUCAUCAGGGCGGUCUUCUUCCGCCAUCGUCGCAUUGUGCAGCAGCGAGUGAUGGAGAUGCACGACGCCUGGAUGACUCGCAAGGCCGAGGACAUCCAGGGAUAUGUCGACCGCAAUGAGCUCAAGAACUUCCUCGCAUUAGCCAAGACGAACUACGGCCUUCCAACUAAAAGAACCGCGCUACUUCCCGGCUCCUAA